AUGUACUAUCAGCCUGCCCCUGGUGACAUAUCGGUGCCCGACGAAGGUGCCAGCUUCAGCAACGUCUUUCAUCAGCACAACUCUGAUGCGCCCAUCAACGGCGCCCAUGUGGUAGGACAAAGACGAACGACCGCAGCGGCGCAUCCAGCAAUGAAACUGUCAUGACUCAAUUUGCCAUAUGCAGGUGGACGACGCCAUCAACCAGCUGCAGAAGCAAAUCGGUACGAUGUGUCUACACAUGGAGACCGCGUCCUCUGCAGAGAGAGAGAUCCAUGCCAUUUCCUGUCUGUCCUGUUGCUGCAUCACGUGUAUGCAGGCAAAGAGCUGCGUGAGAUCACCGUGCAUGACCUCCUGGACAAGGCCAAGAUGGAGCCGGAGCAGCAUCGCUUCGACAGGCCGGUGCCCGGGGAGGUGCCGACGUCGUUUGCGGCGCCGUCAGAGGAGGUGCUGCGGCUCUCUGAGAACCUCACGAGGCAGAGCGCCCAGCAGAAGAGACUCAGAGGUAGAUGCGAUGCGGCAUGGAUGGCUCAAUUCACCUCCUCAGCAGGCCGUCGUGUGUUGGUGCAUUGCAGAUGAUGUGAGGAAGAGGGAGCAGACGAUUGAGACCCUUCGGCGAAAGGUCAACCACUACGAGGAUCAGCUCAAGAAGGCAAACAAUGCUCGGACCAAGUAACCAAGGAAGAGAAGAGCGGGUGAGAUCCCCAUCCAUGUCUCCCUCCCUUUGUUGUCGCGUGUGGGUGGGCAUGGCAGGUGGAAAGAAGAGAAAGACGACAUCCAGACUCAGCUCAAGAAGGCCGAAUAUGACAAAAGUACACGAGACACAAAGGGAGGGACAGAACCGACCGUCCACCUCUGGGGGCAUGUUGUGGCCUGUCUAUCAGGCGACCUGGAGCGUCAGCUGGAGCAAUUGAAGCUCCAGCAGGAAACCGGCCCGGCCCAGCUGGAGAGGAUGCCUAGCACCACAUCGUCGGCAGCCUCCCCCGGCGCACAGAUGCUCCUGGCAGGGUUGGAGGCCAAGGCACGGCCGAAAGCUCGGGCAGGCUUCGGGAUGGGCGCGUUGGACAUUGACCUGCUGGGAGGUACGCUCUAUGUCGAGCCGCCAUAUGGCGAUUGACUGGAUGUCUCGUUUGCAGAGGGGGAGGAGUUGAAGGUGUCGGAAGACCGAAAGCGGAACCCCUGCAUGAUGUGUUGUCACCAGUGAGUGAAGGAGAAUGGAUGGAGAGGACAAAGCAGAGGUGUCUGUCUGUGCGGGUGUCAGGUUUGCAAAAGCAGCGAGAUGGGUGCUUCGGAAGCUGCCGUUCAAAACGGGCGUCCAACGCAUUACGAGAAGAUAUGGCGACACAUUCGGAUCUUUCUUUGCUUUUCUGCGGUGGGUGUGUGCGGACGUCAAGGGCGGUUCCACUCGUUCAUCCUUUGUCUGUGUGUCUAUAGAUUUUUGUUUUUGACGUCGAUCCUCCAGCUGUGUGUGCACCUGCCUCUGUUGUUGCCGCAGCUGUACCUUCGCCUCUUUGACAACCUCAAAAUGUGCGGCCUCAGCCCAUGCAUCCUGGUGUACAGCGCCUUCCCGAAUAGCGGGGCCACCAGCAUCACAUACGUCUCGGUGGUGCUCAUGAGCGUCAUUGUGGUGCUCUCGCUAUCUCUCCGGUGAGCUGGUGAGAGAACAAAGAAGGAGAGAGCAAGGCCGGGUGCAUGCCUCUGUGUGUGUACGUGGCUGGGUGGUAGGCAGUGGGUGGCCUUUGAUCAUGUGUAUCAGUACUCCCAGCUGUUGGAGGAGACGUCGGGGGACAAGAAAAAAUAUUCCAAAGUGCUGCUCACGGCUUUCGACAUCAACACGGGGUGAGUGCGUGAGAGGCGAGACAAGCAUCCGCCUAUACCGCAUCUCUUUUUCCCACAGCAACCAUGAUGAUGCGACGAGCUUUGCAAGGUCGGUGGCGAUCCAGUUGGGUGUGCUGCUCUACGAAGAUGAAGUUAAGCGGAGGAAUGCCGAACGCACCUUCUCUGAUAAGGUACGUGAAAUGGCCGUAGAAGGCCAUUUCUCAGCUGUCGUUUGUCUGAAUGCAUCAGCUGCUGCUUUACUGCCGUCGCGCGUUGGGAAUCCUGAUCAACAUUGCCUUCAUCGGCGUCGCCUGGACCAUCAUCAUAUCUGUGACCUUGUUUCAGAAACAGAUACGCACGUGGCUCUCGAGCAGGUGAGGAGAGCACCGACCAUCCACAAAGCUGAAUGCCAGCAUUUGUGCUGCUCGGUGCCCUUCAGCACCCCAUUCCGUAGCGUGAGUGGGCUGGCUCCCUCGGUGACGGUGUCGGUCAUGGGUUUCGCCUUCCCACAAGUCACAACGCUGAUUACCGCCUAUGAGAAGUGGGCGCCGUCGUCGCGUCUCAAGCAGACAAUGUGGCGCCUCUACUUUGGUCACCCCACAAGAAGGAUGCCUGCACCCAUGUCUCCUCUCAUUUGGAGCCUCUCUCUCUCUCGCCGUCAGGUCGUGUGUUGAAUGUGGCAUUGGUCACGGCACUCAACUUUGAGAUGGUAUACUCCCGAGCCCUGUUCACUCAGUCGUCCACGUCCACCAUCGAGUGGGACGAGGAGACAUACCGCUGCAGGGAGGACCAGGCGGCCGUGUCGCUGCUCUCGCUCGUCGCAACCGACUUCGCAUUCACGAAGCUCGCCUUCACGGGAUAUCUCACCUACCUGUACCUCACGAAGCGUGUGUUUGGUCUUCGUGGCGAGGAGCAGCGUGCGAUGUGGCGGCCCAAGUUCGAUGUGGCCAAGAAUGUGGUGCAGGUUAUCUACACGCAGUCGCUCAUCAUCUCUGCCAUGGUGAUUGCUCAGCAACACAGAGACACGGACAGGGAGGGAGAAGGGCGGUGUGUGGGUGUUGUGCAGCCUUUCUGCCCGUUCACUGCUCUGUUUGCGCCCGUCAUCCUCUUUGUGGACUUCAAGUGGUUCACGUUUGUCUUUCUGAAGCUCUGCAAACGGCCGCAGACCAACCUUUCCUCUCAGGCAAGCAGCAUGCAACGGGGGGUACAUGAUACCCGAUCGUCUCUCUCUCUCUCUGUCUCUCUCUCAUGGUGCGUGCAGGACAUUGGUGUAUUCAUCAUGCGCCUGUUCGCUCUCUCGUGUGUGCUGUUUGGCGUGCUGACCUAUUUCUUCCUCUCACUGGAGUUCCCACAUGAAGAGGGCUGCGGCCCAUUUGAUACACGUGAGCGAUCACGGCCCUGACAAGGAACCAAAAAUCCACGCCAUUUGUCAGCACUAUCUCGCUUGUCUCGCUUCUCUCUCUCUAUCUCUCUCUCUCUGUGUGUGUGUGUGUGUGUGUAUGUGUGUAUCCGUCAGGCACCCGCGCGAUCGCAGUCAUGGAGAACGCCUUCAAGACAGGGUGGGUCUCGUGCCUCUGUCUCCCUCGUGCCUGCGCCACUCGUGUGUGUGCAUCGCUUCUCCUCCUUUGUUUUUCAGUUUUCCGCUGUUGUGGACGAUCCUGACGAGUGUGAUUCUGUACACUGCUCUCGCGGCAGUGCUGAUUCUGCUGCUGGUGUUCCAGCUCAACAAGAUCAACGCAUACCGCACUUACCUCCUGGACCAGCACCUCUUCAGCAGCAGACAAAUCGAGGUACGUACGGCUGGAGGAGUGCAUGGCAGUCCAACCAUUACGUGUCCGUCUGUUCCUUCCUCUGCAGGUGCUGCAAAAGGAAGUGACCAAGCUGUCCAAGCAGCUCUCCGUUCUCAAGAAACGGUGAGAGAGCUAUCGACCACUGCUGCUGGUGUCAUGUCUCUUUAUGAGUGUAUUUGCUUAUCAGGUUUGCCCGUGCGAGAGAGGAGAUGCAAUCUGAGGGCUCAGAGGGCGAAACAAGCUUCGCGCCCACACCUUCGGUGCACAGUCGAGCAUCGUCCGUGGCCGUCCCACGGAAGUCGGUGCGCAUUGAUGCGGACAGAGCAGCGCAAAGCGACAACAGGGCGGACCCAUAA